UCGGGUGUCUUCUUCUGCGAAGCUUUUACCGUGGCUCACCGGCGGGUUGGGCGUUGGGCUAGAAACCGCGCGCGUGUCAAGGCUUUUCAAGUGGCGGUGGUGUGGUCACCACACAAAAGCAGUAACCGGAGGGGCGUUGUUUGAAGAAGAGAAAAAAAACGGGGCACCAAAUUGCAGUUAAGUGGCCCCGCCCGCGGUGCGUGCGUGUUUGGCAAAUGCAAAUAGUACCUGUGGGUUCCGCUGCAGUACGCCAUAAACUGCAGGUCGCCAGCGUGAUAAAUUGAAGUGGCCGGCACCGGAAAAACCGGUUUUCCCCCCGAACCCGUUGUGCGGAGGAAAGUGGCCUUCUUGAUAGAGUACGCAAACUGUCGUUACUUUCGUCGCGUCGGGGUCCGCCGAUACAUACGCAGAGAGUGACACAAAAGUGACGAACGAAUUCCAGCGCAGACAGUACAGGAAAAUACAGAGCGCCAAACAAAUAGAGAGCCCCCCACAACGCAAUACGGCUCCGAGUGUGUAUAUGUGUGAUUGAAUUUAUGGGCGCGCGAUAGCGUGGCGCGGUGCGUGACGUAAGUCGACACAACAACCCGUCCCCGUUCGGUGUAUCAUAGCGCGGCGGAACAGCUGCUGGUACCGUGGGCAGCUAAUGAAAUCCUCGCUCCCAAUUCCAAUACCACGCAAAAGUCCUCCCGGUGUUAUAUCAACAGAGAUUUGGAGGAUCGCGCGGAGCAGAUCACCGGUCGACCAGCACUCAGCGGAUCGCACGCUUUUGUGAAACCGGAGGCCUAACCAGGCCGCACUUCCAGCAGCGGGGUCUCCAUCGUCGUCGACGACUCCACUCCAAAUCACUUGCUCGCCAUUAUCGAGAAAUUGCAAUUUAAGCCACUCUCUCUGUGUGCGCGUCCAACGCUGGACUCCUCCCGCUUUGUGAACUGAUAAAGCGAGCCAUCGAUUCAACCCGGUGUAUCGAGGAAUCGAAGCCACUACUGGACGGAGUUGGGGGGGAGGAAUUGGCUCUGUUACGUGCAAAGGUCGGCAACGGUUCUCUGGGGAACCGACGUCACACCGGAAUCGAUAACACACCGAUUUCACAACUGCGGAACUGCUGUAGUCGGACCUAGGAGAAGGUGGAUAUAGCGGGCAGCAAUCGGUGUGUAAGCAGCGUAUGGACAGCAUGACUAUAUCAGCGAUCCCUCCUCCGGAGCCGGUCUGGAGCCUGGACCGACGGGACUCGGGCCACCUGUUCUGGCGCCGGGAGUCGUCGAAGGUGAAGUUCCGGUACGACGUGGAGGUGCUCGAGUUCACCAAGGAUCCGUACGAAGACCAGCUGCUCAUCACGGACAGUGAGCUGAACCGAGCGAAACAGGACCAGGCCGGUGCCCUCUCGAACAUGAUCGUGGUGUGCGCAACGUGUGUGGCCGCCAUCGCCGUCACGGUUGUGCUGCCCUGGUUUCUGAUAGGAUCGGCAUAAAGCACACACGUCGCAGGCGCUGGUUGUGAAAUAAUGCUAAUCAGAAGUCACCCAGAGUAGCAGCGGUUGGGUAACGCAAAUGUGAUAGCUGUCCCUACGGUCUUCGGCCCCUCCCAAGAGAGAGAGGCACAGUUUAGGGACUCAUUGUUUUUUUUCUCCAAACCCAAUUUUUCACUAGCUUUUAAGGACACAUCGUAGAGGGAGAGAGUUUUGUUAUGUUUUGUGCAACAUACGAAGCUACUUUUGGCUCUACACUGUAUUGUACAUAGGAAUGUUAGGUGUUCUGGGGGCUUCCGAUUCACUGCACGAUUUCCGUGAUCCGUUACGUGAUAAGAGAGUAAAAAAGGGCACCACAACCGUUCGGUCUGAAGUCCUUCCGUGUAAAGCUAAUUCUAAAGGUUAAUGAAAUGCACAGAAUGGUGCGCGAACAGCAAAUGUAUUAAACCAGCUAAACAUAUCGUAAUACGUAUAGGAGCAUGUUUGUAAGCAGUUAAGCCAACGCCAACGAGGGACCGCCGACUGGCUGGUGUCGGGAUGGAUCGGGGUUAUUAUGAGCCACGGUGUGAAUUGUAUCGACAAUAAAAAUGACCAA